AUGGAGACUAUCCACCAACCGAUUAUAAAGAUGGAGGAGGAUUAUACUCUAUGUUCGGAUUCUGACCCUGAAUCUGCUUAUUUAUCCACAUCUUGGGACUGGAAACAAAAUGCUGAGAACUAUUCUCUAAGUCAAACUCCGUCUCCACAGAGCUUGUCUCCUACAGCCUCCUUUGAGUCUCCAUUCUCUGGUUGUUCACGUCCACCAAGCCUGGAAGAGAUACCAUAUGGGGAAGACAUGGUGGCGUACAGGUUGUUGCAAUAUCCUACUGACUGCCAGCACAAUAUGGAAGAGGGCAACGUUGGUCACAACAACAAACGUGGGCAACAUAAUCCAAGAGCUUUCAUGAAUGUCCAACGCAGGAGAAAGGCCAGUGAGAGGGAGAAGAUGAGGAUGAGAGCCAUAGCUGAGGCCCUCCAUAACCUCCGGAGGAAUUUACCACCAGUCUACAGUCAAGGUAGACAACCUCUUACUAAGAUCCAGACAUUAAAAUGCACCAUUUCCUACAUUGAGGAACUCACCAACCUUCUUAACAACACAAAGGGAACAUAA